AUGAAUUAUGAAACAACUAUUUCUGACACUGCUCAUAAUGAAUGUAUAGAUGCUGAUGAAUAUGAUUCCAGUAAACAUUUCCGAUGUUGUUCAUAUCGAACAAUCAGUUCCGAAAGUCGUUCUCAUCGAUUUGAAUUUACCAUACAAUAUUAUGCUAUAUUUGUGUACAUAUUACUCACUUUAUUCAAUGUACAAUGUAUCAGUGGUAAACCUACUUCACUAUCUAACAAUGGAACUUUUGCCGAAACCUCUUCAUUGAUUUACUCUUCCGAGUUGUCAUCAUCAGCAAUAUCGCCAAAUUCAUCCUUGUCUCCACCCCCACUAGUAAUAUCAUAUAAUCACACAAUCGAAGCAUCAAGUGUGGAUGAUUUAUUGUUACAGAAUUUAGAUUUAUCAACUUUUCAAACAUCAAGUUCUACUCAUUCAAGUCGCAAAGUACCAAUAACAAAUGUGAUUAUGCGUUCACAUAGAUCUAGACGUAGUUUAUCAUUUUAUAUGUCUAAUUUAGAUACUUCACCAUUGCUUUUAACUCCCUUUGCACAAACUUAUCCAAUGAAAGCAAGAUUUUUAAGUAUCGAUAACAAUGGAACUAUUAAACUAGUUAAAUCCUUUAAAGAUACAUCUGGUAAGUUAUUGCAAUGUUAUAAUACUAUUACUGAGUUAUUAGUAACGACUUGA